AUGCUACUGCCAAAUGCACAAACAGUUAAAAUGAAUGAGAGCACUCGGCUGCAUGGAGAAGAAUACAGGUUUCCUGAAGACAAUCCUGGGAGCAAAAGAACAGAAUAUUGAAGAGUACAUAAACAGAAGCCAAUGAGUUUGGGAGAAAGAAGUAGCUUGCUCGAAGCCUUUACAUCUACUUCUGAGAAGAUAACUACCAUUGAAGAGGCUAAAAGAUUCUAUCCUCUGUUUGGACUGGGAGCCAAUAUUGUCCUUGUUUUCUCUGGGCGGACGGUGAAAUACUUCUCUAAUUUGAGAAAGAAUUUAGGUCCUGGAGUUGAUGGUUGGGCCAUCUCCUUCAAAGGAAUGAUGACCGUUGUUGUGCUGAUGGGGGCUGCCAUCUGUUUCUUCUAUUGGUGGGUGAAUCGCAAUGUGCCUCUUCCUACCCGUAGCAAGAAGAAGAAGGAGAAACCAAAGUUGGGGACAAUGGAGAGUUUGAAGUUUUUGGUGUCUUCUAAAUAUAUUAGGGAUCUUGCCACUUUGGUUGUUGCAUAUGGCAUUAGCAUUAACCUCGUAGAGGUUACAUGGAAAUCCAAGCUCAAAGCUCAGUUUCCUAGCCCAAAUGAUUACUCAUCCUUCAUGGGUGACUUUUCAACUGCUACCGGCAUAGCAACUUUCACGAUGAUGCUUCUGAGUCACUGGAUUUUUGACAAAUAUGGCUGGGGGGUGGCAGCCACAAUUACACCAACUGUUUUGCUCCUGACAGGAGUUGGCUUCUUUUCCUUGAUAUUGUUUGGUGACCCUCUUGGGCCUUCUCUUGCCAAGUUUGGGCUGACUCCACUUCUUGCAGCAGUUUAUGUGGGUGCGAUGCAAAACAUUUUCAGUAAAAGUGCCAAAUACAGCUUGUUUGAUCCAUGCAAGGAAAUGGCCUAUAUUCCAUUAGACGAGGAGACCAAGUGCGCAGCAUCGAUGAAUGUUGGAGUAAGUUCUUUUAGUGAUCCAGAAGGUCUUGAAGGCCUCGCGCAUUUUCUUGGAAAAUUGUUGUGCGCUCCAAUGGUGACUUUUUUUUCGAACUCUAUUUUAUAUUCAAUUACUGAUGGAAGGAUUUGCAGUACUCUCGAUUUUCAAGUAAAAGUUGCCGGUGAAGCUCAAGUGGCUGCUCCCUUCUACACUACCACUCAUGCCUCACUUUUUUUUUUCUAGAUGGCUUCUGGGAUGAGAUGGAAUUCAUUCGCAUAUGUAACUGGGAAUUUGUAGCCAUGGUGGUGCCUCCCUCCAUUUUGCCUGCAUCGCAUGAACAUUUCUGAGGGCACUUUGGGCUUUGACGCUACAACUUCUGGUUAACUUCAAAUAUCAGGUGUACUUUGUUUCUCCUCUUCCCCCUCUCUCAAGAGCUGUGUUGUAGGAUUUUGGUAGCAUUUUCAGUUUUGAAGAAUUGCAAGAUCUUCAACAUUCACAUUUGGAUAAUCUGCACUGUGGUAUAUUAGAAGAGAGAUGAUGUCAAGAUGUAGUCAAAAUUUGCAAAAGCCCUUAGUUAUGUUUAUUUACAAUUUUUAAAGAAGACACAGCCUAAUUGUUCUUUAUUGCUAUCCUUUGCUAUUUAGGUUUCUAUGAUCCUAUGUAUCAUGAUAUAUUGAUUUAUGCCUUUUAAUGUGCCUUCGCAUCACGCUUCUGUAGUUAUUAUUCAGUACAAAAUGUUAGUCAAAGGAUAUUAUUCGGGAGAAAAUUUAUGCCUUUUGCGUGCUAACCAAGCAUCUUUUCUAUCAAUACUUGGCUGCUCACUAAUAGUAUUAAUGUAUACUGCUUUUGCAUGGCAGGUAACCUUACUAACAGGUCUAAAGCUCCCACGCCUUGCGUGGGGUGCAAACCCUAGUAUAUAUUAUAAGAAGGCAUUUUUGGCUGGUACACCUGGCUGCUGUUUUGGUGCUGGGAAAUAUGUCCCUUCUGCCCUUUGUAUGCUUAUCAUAGGGGCUUUGUUGUCCAUUUAUGUAUCUGCUUCCUAUACAACUAUUUGUUGCUUUGUUUUGUGGUGAUGUUAUAACUCUACCCUUCUUAUAAGGCUGCAACGGACAUUAGUGGAGCAUCAGUAGUUGUACACCACUAAUGAGAUCUGACGCUCGGGUCCAAUCAGAGAAUAGUGUUUUGCAAGGAAGCAGAGAAAUAGGAUACGGAAGAGUACAUAAACAGAGCCCAAUGAGUUUGGGAGAACGAAGUAGCUUGCUCCAAGUCUUUACAUCUAUGUCUGGGAAGAUAGUUUGGACUUAAACACCUUUACUGGAAAAUUUAGGGACAAAUACAUGCAACAGCUUCUACUACGACUACUCCUCCCCAAAUAAGGCUUAAAAACCCAUGAUGUGGAUAGAAACCUGGAUUAGCUGGUUUACUGAAUUCAGAGGUGUAGUACCUUACCAUUCGGCUGAAGACUUGGCAUUUUCUCUUGUAGAAUUUAUUGAAAAGGGGUCUUUUUUAUUAACUAUUACAUGUAUCAUGGAG